CUGGCAGGGGCUUCUGCUGGCAGUCUCACUCUUAACCUUCUGGAACCCACCAACCAUUGCCCAAAUCAUUAUUGAAUCGGUGCCGACCAAUGCUGUUGAAGGAAAGGAUGUUCUUCUACUUGUCCAUAAUCUGCCUGAGAAUCUUUUAGGCUACGUCUGGUACAAAGGGGAAGGAACAGAUCCCAAUCAACAAAUUGUAAUAUAUGUGAUAGGAACACAAGAAAAUUUCCCAGGGCCUCUAUAUAGUGGUCGAGAGACAACAUACAACAAUGGAUCCCUGCUGUUCCAGAAAGUGACCCAGGACGACACAGGAUACUACACCCUAGAAGCCAUAAACCAAAAUUAUGAAAGUGCAUUGGGAAGUAUACAGCUCCGUGUACACAAACCAGAAGCACAGCCUUCCAUCCAAGUCACAGUCACAGAACAGAAGGACAUCGUGGUCCUGACCUGCCUCACUAGUGACACUGGGAUCUCCAUCCAGUGGUUCUUCAAUAACCAGAUUCUAGGGCUCACAGAGAGGAUGAAGCUGUCCCAGGACAACAGCACCCUCACCAUAGACCCCAUCAGGAGGAAUGAUGCUGGGGCUUAUCAGUGUGAGGUCUCCAACACAGUCACUUCCAGCAAAAGUGACUUCCUCAGGCUGGAUGUGAAAUAUGAUUCAACAACAACACCAAGACCAACACCAAGACCAACACCAACACCAACACCAACACCAACACCAACACCACCACCAACACCAACACCAACACCAGGAAAUUCUGCUGGCCUCUCAGCUGGGGUCAUUGACAGCAUCGAC